UUUUUUGUUAGGAAUUGUUGAAAUCAAGUGAUCUUCGUGAUGGCGUUAAGGGUCCUAAUCGGCUGUAAGCGUGUGAUUGACUACGCUGUCCGGGUUCGAGUCAAGCCGGACAAAACUGGUGUUGUAACUGAUGGUGUGAAGCAUUCCAUGAAUCCAUUCGAUGAGAUCGCUGUGGAGGAAGCCGUCAGAAUGAGAGAGAAAAAGAUUGCUAGUGAAGUUAUUGCCAUCAGCUGCGGACCUGCUCAAUCACAAGAAACCAUUCGAACUGCUCUAGCUAUGGGCGCGGACAAGGGGAUCCACGUAGAAAUUCCGAAUGCCGAUAUGUCAGUGUUUCAGCCAAUCCACGUAGCCAAAAUUCUGGCAGCUGUUGCCAAGAAAGAGAAGAUAGAUUUAAUCAUUGUUGGAAAACAAGCGAUAGAUGAUGAUGCCAACCAAACUGCGCAGAUGACCGCAGCUUUGCUCGAUUGGCCUCAAGCUACAUUUGCAUCUAAGAUAGAAAAGGCAGGUGAUGAUCUUGCGGUUACCAGGGAAAUCGACGGAGGUUUGGAGGAUGUCAAAGUGAAGAUCCCGGCAGUUAUUUCAGCAGAUUUGCGAUUAAAUGAGCCUCGGUAUGCGACGUUACCGAACAUAAUGAAAGCCAAGAAGAAGCCUGUUCAGAAGCUGAGUCCAAAGGACCUCGGAGUCGACAUUUCAUCCCGAAUCAAAGUGAUAUCCGUCGAGGAUCCACCGACUCGUCAAGCCGGCAUCAAGGUUGAUGAUGUCGAUAGCCUUGUCGCCAAAUUGAAAGAGAAGGCGUUGAUUUAAUUUCCGCUCUCUUUCACCUGAGUUUAUUCGCUAAGCAUUGCGAAAUCGUUUUUAAUUUGGUUCAUUGUCUUAAUGUUUCUCUUGUGUCAGGAUAUUUGGAUCAAUGUUUGGGUAAUGAUCGUGUAAUAAAUUCUUAUUCGGGACGAAA